AUGGCGGGCCGCUCGCAGGCACGGCCUCCUGCAUCCACACUGCCAAGUAAGUUCCGGCUGAUCGUGGCAGAUCCAUCCAUCAGUGGCGGGUCCAUCAUGCAAAUGCUGGAGCUGCCUGCGCAGCUUACCAUGGGCAAGAUUGCUGCCUUGCUCGAGGGCAAGCCCGCAUUCCGGUUUCAGGAACUUUGUGAGCGCAGAGGUGCCACAACUUUAGAUGUCCAGAUUCGACUCACAGGUAUGGAUGGUCAAAGAAGGUGUCCUCUCCACACCGACGCAGACAUUGAGAUCUUCCUGAACAAUUUGCAGAUUAGCAAGAUUCCCGUCAUAGAGGCCCAAUUGCCGCAGGAGACCUUGCUGGCAAAAGCAUCAGAGCAUCACCAGCGCGGUGUGCAAGCCGGCAGGCAGCGAGGCCGAGAUCCGAGAGACCAGAUCGAAGAAUUGGAGGAUGCCAACUUCAAGCUCACCAGGGCAACUGACCGUGUUGAACGCAGACUUGCCGAACUGGAGAGGCUCAUUGCCACUACUGACGAAAGGACAGAAAGGACGGUCGGCAUAGCUCGUCGCGAAAUGACCGAAGUGCUGGACAAGGCCAUUCAAGACGUGAACCAGAAGAUAGUUGGUCUCAAGGAGGAUGAUGCUGGCAUCCUCCGUGAUCUGGAUGAAGUCAGGCAACACAGUAACUCUGUGAAGCAGCUGGAUGCCAAGCAUCACAAGGAAAUUCUGGAUCAGCUCGAUGCCUUUGGUCUGCGUGUAGAUGAGCAGUUUGACGAGGUCAACGGCAGCCUCGACAAGCUACAAGAAGAGGACUACCGCCUGGACGCGGAGGCGCAGGCCACAAAGGAAGACCAUAAGCUACAACUCGAAGCUCACUUGGAUGAGCUGCAGAGGUUGGAGGAGACCAAGGUGAGCGUCAACCUGUGGCAAUCAGAGGGCAAUGCCAUGGCGGAGAGAAUCACGAAGGACGUGGAGGCUCUGAAGGAGCAAAUGCAACAGGCUCGCGGCUCGCACUUACCCUUCGAAACGGCUAACCACGCUAAUGCUGGGGCAGCAUCAAGACCUCAGGAACAGUCCGAGCGGGUAGCACGGGAUGAUGUCUUGGACAGGAGUCUACAAGACACUACGAGCCGAUUGGAUGGCGAGCUGGCCAAGCUCGAUGCCGAUACUCAGGACAAGUUCAAAGAGGCGAGAGAUGCAUUGGAGGACGCACGGCAGUCGCUGUCUACUGCCUUUGAGACCCAGGUUUCUGAGCUUUCUGGCAAAACGGAGAAACAUUUUGACCAGCUGGAGCACACCAUUGAUCACAAGGAUGAGAAGAUUCACACGCGCGUGGAUGAACUUACAGCCAAAAGCGAGGCUACGUUUCAAAGUAUCGCAGAAAGGUUGGAUGCCAUGGUGCAGGAAGAACGUGCAAGGCUUGGUCAGCUCAACCAAGACUUGUCGGAGAGCGUGAUCAAGGUUCGUUCAGACCUGCAUUCAGCGAUUGAGCGAGUCAGGACAGACUACGAAGAAGAGGCAGCGAGAUUAGAUGCAGACUUGGGCGACUUGCAUAUGAAGUACGAUGUUGCCAAGCAAGAGAUCAAUUUCUUCCAGUCGAAGUUGAAGGAACAGCGCGACUGGACCGAGAAAUGUCUUGCUGAAAGUGGGGCAGUAACUCGGGCAGCUGCCCUCGAAUCUCAGGAAGGUCUGGCAGCUACGACAAAGAUGCUGCAUGCUCUUCGAGACGAUGCUGUAAGCUUUCGCGAGAAGAUGGCGAAAUACAUCAGUAUUCUGCAGCACUCGUCUGAUCAGCAAGGUGAAGCUUUGAAUUCGUUGGAGCUCAAUCGCACAUCGAUGAGGGCAGAGCUUGAUGCACUGCUGAAGGACCAUCAGGAAUACACUGGUGACAUGGACAGCUGGGCGAAGGAUACGAACGUCCAGGUGGAGAGGGUUUUCCGAGCCCUGGAGCCGACAAAGGUCGAGUGGAGAAUAGAAAGAGCCAUGCAAAAGUCAAAGGAGCUGCGGAAGCCCCUGGCUUUGAAGUCUGCCAGCUUUGGCAUUAAAGGCAUUCCAGAGGGCUUCAUGGAGUUUUACCCCGAGGGGAACAACAACUCGCCAGAGGGGAAGGCAGUGCUGCGUCUCUAUGUCCCGCCCCAGGCGCAUAUCCGCUACCAGUGCUGGGUCGGAAAGGAUUCGGAUGGUGCAAAAGAGCGAGCGCCAUCAUCUGAUACAUUAUAUGUGGACAUGUUCCUUACAGACUGGGAGGACCAGCUCACAGAAGAGGGAGCUGUGCUGGUGCUAUUGGAGGUGCUCCGAGACUAUAAUAACGAUGAUGCGUCGCUUUCAAGGGAGAUCCGCAUCAACAGCGCGUGA